AUGCGAAACCAAGGCCCUUUGUAUCUUACAAUAAUCCAACGUCCAAAAAAUGACGAUGUUUGGUAUACCAAGGUACGAAUGGGCCAGAACACAACUGGCAAAAUAAUGCCAAGAAUGACUUCGUCGCUCGAGAGCUCAACAGCGAAAAAGUUGUCAAAUCACAGCACGAGAAAAACAGUUGUUCAAAAGCUGAAAUCUGCUGGACAACCACGCUAUAAGAUCAAGGAAAUUACCGGUCAUGCAUCAGAGGCAUCUCUAAAUAAUUACGACGUAAUCAGCGAGGAAGAACGCAGAGAACUGUCUCAUAUCAUCAGUGCAGGUUACAGUGCGUCAGCUUCGCGAACAACAACCUCAGUUCCCUCGAUCGUAUCGUCUUCCACAGCUCCUAGACCAACCGAACACGAUACAUCAAUUGUCCUCGUUCAAUUCAGACAGCAAAUUGCAUCUGCAUCCAACGCUAUCCUUCGCCAAGAAGAUUUGUUUUAG